AUGAGGAAUGAGAGCACUCUAUUGGGAUGUCCCGGUCUGCCUCACUCUGCUUGUGUUAUUUUGGGAGAUCAUAAGAUGUACACGGACCUCUGUUACAGGAACAACUUUCCAAAUGAGUUGGACUUCUUCUUAUGUGUUUUGGAAUAUGAGGAGAACUAA